AUACGAACUCAUAGACUUCUUCUUCUGCAUCUUCAUAGUAGGUUUUGCUGCAUAUGGGAAGCAAAUUUUGUUCAACAAUACUGUUAGUGUCUGUUUUUCUAGGUGAUUUUAGCCAGUUCAGAUAGCUAGCAAACAAUUUUAUUGUUUUUUGACCUGUUAAAAAAUGUCACUUUUAAGUUGUUUCGAAGUUACUUUCCAGAAGAGUUGCAUUUGAGUUAAAAAAAAUAAAAGGAAAAAUGCCGAGUCUCAGUCUAAUUGUAGAACGUAAACAGAGGAUUAGAUAGACCAAGCAAAGAUGUUAAAUGUCUUGUUUGUUGCCAAAGGAUUGAAGAUGCUGCCACACUGCCAAAAUUCCUAGAUACUCUGUAUUACCUCAAGUUUUAAACAGCAGCAGCGCACAGGACGGUAGGAGAAGGUGUUUUGUCUGAGCGUAGUACACAGUCCAUCCAUUCCUGCUUGAUGUUUGGAUUAUGAGUACUGGCGGCUAAUCGUGCCUUAGAGGCGCUUGGGUUUUAUUGCUUCGGUUGGAAAAAUGAAUCAAAGGAGACCUGUUUUGGAAGAAAAUAAUACAUCAGAAUUACACUCGAAUGGAAGGAGGAACAGAAGUAAAGACUGUCUUCUGGUGAACGCUGACUUCGGUGAGGACAGUUUUGGAUACUAUGGACAUCACUAUAGUGACUGCACACAUCAGUCUCGGCAGCUUGUGGCCAAGAGCAGGAGGCAGGCCUCCAGGGGUGCAGCGUAUAUGUUCAACGCACACCCCAACAGCCUGACAGCUGUGGAGGAGCGUUUCCUCGACGCUGCUGAAUAUGGAAACAUCCCUGUAGUGCGGCGAAUGCUUGAGGAGAUCCCUGGGCUGGAUGUGAACUGUGUGGACUACAUGGGCCAGAAUGCCUUGCAGAUAGCAGUUGCGAAUGAACAUCUCGAGGUAACAGAACUCCUGUUGAAGAAGGACAACUUGUCUCGGAUUGGCGACGCACUCCUUUUAGCUAUAAGCAAAGGCUACAUACGAAUUGUUGAGGCCAUCCUAAGUCACAAGGCCUUUGCUGACUCCCGUAGACUAACCGCCAGCCCAAGAGAGGCAGCAAUGCAUGAUGACUUCUUUGCAUAUGACGAAGAUGGGAGUCGCUUUUCUCAUGACAUCACGCCAAUCAUCCUGGCAUCUCACUGCCAUGAGUAUGAGAUCGUCCACAUCCUCCUGGGCAGAGGAGCUAGUAUCGAGCAACCCCAUGACUAUUUCUGUACCUGUGACACCUGCAAUUACCACCAGAAAUAUGAUUCAUUCAGUCACUCAUGCUCACGUAUCAACGCCUACAGAGGCCUGGCCAGUCCAGCUUACCUCUCUCUGUCCAACGAAGAUCCAGUGCUGGCUGCUUUAGAGCUCAGCAAUGAACUUGCCUGUUUGGCAAAUAUUGAGAAGGAAUUCAAGAAUGAUUAUAGGAAACUCUCUAUGCAAUGCAAAAGCUUUGUAGUUGGGCUUCUGGAUCUGUGUCGGAACACAGAGGAAGUGGAGGCCAUUUUGAACGGCGAAGUCGAUGAGAGCUCUGAACUACCCGGCCGACCGAGUCUCGCCAGACUGAACCUUGCAAUAAAAUAUGAACUUAAAAAGUUUGUAGCACAUCCUAAUUGCCAGCAGCAGCUGCUCUCAAUUUGGUAUGAGAAUCUGCCCGGAUUGAGACAGCAGACCACAUCUAUCAAGUUUUUGGUGGUGCUGGGUGUUGUGAUAGGACUGCCCUUCUUAUCCAUGGUGUACUGGGUGGCACCGUGUAGUAAGCUGGGGAAAAUUAUGCGAGGCCCUUUUCUGAAGUUUGUGGCUCAUGGAGCAUCUUUCACUAUUUUCCUUGGCUUGUUAGUGUUCAAUGCAGCUGAUCGCUUCGAUGGGAGCAAACUGCUGCCAAAUAUGACCGUCCAGGACUAUCCAGCACAGCUGUUCCGCAUGAAAACAACUCCCUUCACAUGGAUGGAGAUGCUCAUCAUCUUCUGGGUAAUAGGGAUGAUCUGGGCAGAAUGCAAAGAGAUCUGGUGCCAGGGUCCGAGAGAGUACCUCCUCGAACCUUGGAAUAUGUUGGAUUUUGGAAUGUUAGCCAUUUUUAUAGCUUCCUUUGUGACAAGGUUACUGGCUUACUGGCAUGCAUCGAUAGCACAAAGUUAUGUUGAUAAAUACUACACGGAUAUAACAAAUGUAACUUUACCAGAGGAGGUUGAAUACUUCAGACUGGCUCGUCUCUCCUGGCUGCCAUCAGAUCCACAGCUGGUUUCUGAAGCCCUGUAUGCCAUUGCAGUGGUUUUGAGUUUCUCUCGAAUCGCAUAUAUCCUUCCAGCCAAUGAGAGCUUUGGACCACUGCAAAUCUCUUUGGGAAGGACAGUAAAAGACAUCUUCAAAUUCAUGGUGAUCUUCAUUCUGGUGUUUCUAGCCUUCAUGAUCGGAAUGUUCAACCUGUAUUCGUAUUAUUUGGGAGCUAAACAGAACGAUGCAUUCACAACUGUAGAAGAAAGCUUCAAAACACUGUUUUGGGCCAUUUUUGGACUCUCUGAGGUCAAGUCAGUGGUUGUGAACAACGGACACAAGUUCAUCGAGAACACCGGUUAUGUGCUCUAUGGAGUGUAUAACGUCACUAUGGUCAUUGUGUUGCUCAACAUGCUGAUCGCUAUGAUCAACAGCUCCUUUCAGGAGAUUGAGGAUGAUGCAGAUGUGGAGUGGAAAUUUGCCAGGGCCAAACUAUGGUUCUCCUACUUUGAGGAGGGCAGGACCCUCCCUGUGCCAUUCAACCUGGUGCCAAGCCCAAAAUCUAUGCUCAGCCUGGGCCUGGGUGUAAAGUCACUGCUGAUGAAACUCUUUCACAAACACAGAGCCAUUAUGAAGACCGAGGCAGAACUCAGUGAGGUGACACAUACACAAACUAUAGGAGAGAGCAAAAGCAACAAAAUGACCAGUCAUCGUUAUCAGAAGAUUAUGAAGCGCCUGGUCAAGCGGUACAUCAUCAAAGCUCAAAUGGACAAAGAAUUUGAUGAAGUUAACGAAGGUGAACUGAAGGAAAUAAAGCAAGACAUUUCCAGUUUGCGCUACGAGCUUCUUGAAGAAAAGACACACAACAUGGAGCGCAUGGCCGAACUUAUCAGCAAACUUGAAAAACGCGUCUGUUUGCAUGUGGAGUGACAGAAGUGUGUGUGCAAGACACACCGUCCACCAAUGACCCUCACCAAUCAUAAUAAUUUGGCUUCUACUAAUUUGGCAAAUGAGCACAAUUCAGAAAGCUGAGAAAUCGGACUUUUGAUGAUAAAUUCCUCAGCGCUGUGAUUUAAUUGUUUUUCUUUUACAGGAUGCCUGAGGGUGCUACUGAGCAUGUGCAGACUGAGUUCAGAGUGCAGAACUGUAGCCUCUUAGUCACUGGAACAAUUGACAGUGUUACAACUCACGCUACUCCGCCUUAUUUAAACAACAGAACCAAUAACCAAGAUAAAACGGUUACUAAGGAUGAAAGAACGGACACUGUAAACACGCCGCAUGAGCACCCAGUACGCUCCAAUUCUUAUGAACGUGGCCUUUUUUGUACAAUGUGAUACUAUCUUGUGCUUGACUUAACUUGGUGUCAUGAGUUUAUGUGAGUUUCAUAUGGAUUGGAUUAUAAGCAUCUGCUGAGACGAUCUGCACAAGAACCCAAGAUGACUAAAUGUGAAAUAGAAUUCUAUUUUAUUUUUUUUUUUUUGUAAAUGGUUCAUUUCAUUAUUUAUGUAAAAACCUUUUGCAGUUUUCCAUUUGUUAAACUGAAAAGGGACUGCAUUUAUAACACAAACUAUAAAUCAUCAUAGUUCA